UUAAAAAAUCAUAGAAGGCAUAUUCAAACAUUUGUCAUGGAAUAUUGGUCGAUAUUAUUAUCAAUAGUGAUUGUCGCGUUCAGCACUUAUUAUUUUUUAAAAAAUUUUAAUUUCUUUAAAAGACAUGGUGUUAUACAUAUACCGCCUGUUCCAUUAUUUGGAACCAUGACAUCGAUUAUAUUUCAUCGAGAAUCAUUCGUCGAUUCCAUUAUGAAGAUAUAUAAUUUCAAUCCAGAUGCAAAGUAUUUUGGAUUCUACGCCAUGACAAAUCCAGUCGUUUUGCUUCGCGAUCCGGAACUUAUUAAGUCCAUCCUUAUUAAGAAUUUCGAGGCAUUUCCACAUCGUAGUUUCUCCGAGAUAAAAGAGUCUAUAUUUGAAAAAAAUUUGUUUUCUCUUUACGGAGAAAAGUGGCGGAACCUGAGAACUCUGUUAAGUCCAUCUUUCACAUCCAGCAAGAUGAAAAUGAUGUUCACGUUGAUGUCAGAAUGUGCUGAGGAUUUUGCUAAAUUUCUGUCAACAUUGCCGGAAGAUAAAUGCGAGAUUAAAGACGCCUUCUCUAAAUAUACGACCGACGUCAUCGCCACAUAUGCCUUUGGAAUUAAAAUCGACUCUAUGAAAGAUCCGACAAACAAGUUCUACGUUUACAGCAAAGAAUCGACUAACUUCGCAAAAAGAAGUCACGCCUUAAAGUUCAUUUUUCUGAAAACCCCUAAUCUGGGACGAAUUCUCAAUAUAAGACUUGUAAAUGAAUAUGUGAUUAACUUUUUCAAGGAUAUUAUAAAGACUACAGUCACUACGCGUGAUAUGGAGCAUAUUACACGUCCGGAUAUGCUGCAGUUAAUGAUGGACACUAGAGGCAAAGAAAAUCGCAAAGAACUGGACAUUGAUGAUAUGACCUCACAGGCAUUUAUCUUUUUCUUCAAUGGCUUUGGGAUUAACGCGACUGCGAUGUCCUUUGCAGCUCUCGAGAUCGCAGCUAAUCCAGAAGUUCAGAUCAAACUGCGAAAAGAAAUCGACAAGAUUUUGGAGGAGUCGAAGAAUGGAGAAGUGUCUUACGAAUCUGUUAAUCGACUUGAAUAUUUAGAUGCAGUAAUAAGCGAAGUUCUCAGAUUAUAUCCACCAGCCCCUUUCUUAGAGAGAGCAUGUGACAAAUUUUAUGAAUUACCACCUGCAUUGCCAGGUGAGAAACCAUUUGUCAUGAAAAAAAGUAUGAAUAUUUUUAUUCCGGUUUACACGAUACAUCAUGAUGAAAAGUACUAUGAUAAUCCAGAGAAAUUUUAUCCAGAAAGAUUUUUAAAUAACAAAAUGCACAAUUGUCCAUAUUACAUCCCAUUUGGAUUAGGACCAAGAAUGUAUAUAGCUAACAGGUUCGCCUUGCUGGAAUUCAAGGUCUUACUGUUUUAUUUAUUAGCGCGAUGUGAACUGAAACUUGGUGCGAAAACUACGUAUCCAAUAAAAUUUAGCAAAGGUUUGGUACUGAUGCCGGAAAAUGGAUUCUGGCUGAAUAUUCAACAUAGAAAAGAUAUGCAUCCUGUAUUGAAGUCUACAUACUUCGCCGAAAUUAUUAAAGAAUUAUACGAAGUUCAUUCCGAUGCUAAGUACAUUGGUGCUUUUAAUUUCUCACAACCAAUCGUAAUAAUUCGCGAUCUUGAACUGAUCAAAUCUAUUGCUAUAAAAAAUUUCGACGCAUUCCAAGAUCAUCGUUUCUUUGGCAAUGAAACUCAAGAUCCGCUUUUUGGAACAAAUCUAUUUGCCCUUCGUGGCGACAAAUGGCGCGACAUGAGAGUGCUUCUGAGUCCAGCUUUUACAGCUAGCAAAAUGAAGGCAAUGUUUCAAUUGAUAUCCGAAUGUGGUGUGAAUUUUUCCGAGUACUUGAUGAACGUACCGAUGGAUAAGCGCGUUAUGGAAAUGAAAGACAUAUUCACGAGGUACGCCAAUGACGUGAUAGCCACGUGCGCCUUUGGUAUUAAUGUGGACUCAAUGAGAAAUCCGGAAAACAAUUUUUAUAUGUUUGGCAAAAAAGCGACAAACUUUGGCACAGUUGCUCUUAUAAAAAUCUUGUUGUAUCAACAUAUGCCAUCGCUAAUACGUUUAUUCAACAUUCAAUUAAUAGAUAAUCGUAUUAAUGCAUUCUUUGUAAAUCUGGUAGCUGACACUAUAAGGACUAGAGAGGAAAAAGGCAUUACACGUCCAGAUAUGAUUCAACUGUUGAUGGACAGCAGAGGUAAAAGAGAACCCGAGAGAGAAUUGACCAUUUUGAACAUGACAUCGCAGGCGUUUAUUUUCUUUGUCGCUGGCUUCGAGACCAGCUCGACGUUGAUGAGUUUCGUGGCGCACGAAAUUGCCGUCAAUCCGGAUGUCCAAGAGAAGCUGCAAAAUGAGAUCGACAAGGUUUUAGAAGACACGAACGGUCAUCCAUCUUACGAGGCGAUUAACGAAAUGAAAUAUCUUAAUGCGGUCACCAAUGAGGCUCUCAGAAAAUAUCCACCGCAACCAAUGACUGAUAGAUUAUGCGUGAAGAAUUUCGAGCUGCCUGCGACACUGCCGAACGCAAAACCGUAUCUCGUGAAGGAAGGAACGAUACUCUGGAUACCAUUUUACGCGCUUCAACACGAUUCAAAAUACUUUCCAGAACCGGACAAAUUCAAACCCGAGAGGUUCCUUGACGAUGGAGAUCAGUGUACCUUUGACGCUUAUCAUCCGUUUGGAUUAGGUCCGAGAAUGUGCAUCGGUAACAGAUUCGCACUGAUGGAGACGAGGACUUUGUUGUUUCACCUUCUGGCUCGUUGCCAAUUAAAGCCAUGCGAAAAGACUUCGAUACCUGUGAAGCUGCAGAGAAAGGGAUUCUCAAUGCGAAUCGAAGGCGGUUUUUGGUUGAACAUUGUUCCCAGAGAGAAUCAACAUCGUACGAUUACAGAACCAAACCAGUCGUGUCGAUUCCAGGUUCCAAAAUUACAAGAAAAGUUGCAAUUGAUUUCAAUUUCCAAAAAACUAUAUGGUGUUCAUAGUUCGGCAGUAUUACAUAGAUAUAUAUCCAUCAAUAUGAUAUAUGUAAUCGCUUUGUCGAUGAUAAUUGGUGCUGUAGGCUUUUAUUAUUAUUUCUACAAGAAUCUUAAUUAUUUUAAAAAGCAUGGCAUACCAAAUAAGCCGGCUCUUCCUGUAUUGGGAAAUAUGGGAGCAACAAUUUUCCGUCUGAAGUCGGUAGCCGAACUGGUCAAGGAAAUUUACAAUGUAAAUUCUGAAGCCAAGUACGUUGGUAUGUUUGACAUGACCCUUCCAAUUAUAGUAAUACGCGAUCCUGAGCUUAUUAAAUCCAUCACAUUGAAACAUUUCGACAUGUUCAUGGAUCAUCUCAGUUUCGUGGAUGAAGAAUUAGAGCCGAUAUUCGGCAAAAAUCUUUUUUCCCUUCACGGAGAGAAAUGGCGACAAGUACGAUCUUUAUUGAGCCCGGCUUUUACGGGCAGCAAAAUGAAAAUCAUGUUUAAAUUAAUGUCAGACUGUGGCGUCGACUUUAGCAAUUAUUUGGCGCAAUUACCAUCGGAGAAGAAAAUAAUACAAACAAAAGACGCCUUUACCAGGUAUACUAACGACGUGAUUGCUACUUGUGCUUUCGGCAUCAGUGUUGAUUCCAUGAAAAAUCCAGAGAACGAAUUCUAUGUAUACGGCAAAGAAGUAACUAAUUUCGACACUAUUGCCCUAAUAAAGCUAUACAUAUUUAGAAGCUUGCCUUGGCUGGCACGAAUGAUCGAUUUAAAAUUUAUCCGUAAGCAGAUAGCAGAUUUCUUCCGAAACCUCAUAAAAACCACUAUAAAAACUAGGGAUGAGAAUGGUAUCAUCCGUCCAGAUAUGUUACAAUUGAUGAUGGAAAACAGGGGCAAAAAUGGUAAAGCAGAAUUAACCAUCGAUGAUAUGGUAGCACAGGCAUUUAUCUUUUUCUUUGGUGGCUUUGAUAGUACUUCAACGUUAAUGUGUUUUGCUGCUCAUGAAAUCACGGUAAACCAAGAUGUACAAGAAAAAAUACAAGAAGAAGUUGAUCAGGUCUUAGAAGAAACGAAUGGACAGGUAUCAUACGAAGCGAUUAAUGGCAUGGUAUAUUUGAAUGCUGUGAUCGACGAAGCUCUCAGAAUGUAUCCAGUUGCCGUAAUAAGUGACAGAGUAUGCACGACAGAUUUUGAGCUGCCGCCGACAUUACCAGGAUUGAAACCAUUUACUGUAAAGAAAGGUGACUGCGUGUGGCUACCGAUUUAUGCACUUCAACGUGAUCCUCAAUACUUCCAAGAUCCGGAAAAAUUUGAUCCUGAGCGAUUUCUUGGUGAACGGAGGAAGGACAGUCUCAAUUGUGGAGCCUAUAUUCCUUUCGGCCUUGGUCCCAGAAUAUGCAUAGGUAACAGAUUUGCGUUGCUGGAGACGAAGGUUCUACUUUUCCACCUACUAGCCCGUUGCGAUUUGAAAAUCUGUGAAAAAACACCAGUGCCACUUAAGAUUGCUAAGAACAGCUUCAAUAUGCAGCCUGAAGGAGGUUUUUGGUUAAAGGUGUCACCAAGAAAAAAUGUGCAUCACACUCUUUCAGUUAAUCUUAACAAUGAAAGACUCUAAAUGUAAGAAAAUUUCAAUGUUUUUAAAAAUUUGAAAAGAUAUUUUAAUAUAGAAAAAUAAUUUCUAUUAUUUUUAAUAUUAAUAAAAGAUAAUAAUUUAAGAUGACAUCGAUCUAAAAGAAAAUAAUUUUCAAUUUGUAUAAUUAUUUCCGAAAAAUCUUCAGGACACUUGGAAAAAAAAGAAAAGCUUAAAAUUUUAGACAAAAACUAA